AUUCUUUUUUUUUUCCCGGCCCGCCUUGCCCUUCCGGCCAUCCCCAUCUUCUCCCGUCGCACCCUUUCCGCCGCCCGCCGCCGUCGGACCGCUUUCCUUGCCCUCCUGGCCGCGCCCUUCCUCCCCUCUCCCGUCGCACCGCCCCUGUUCCCGUCGCACCGCCCCCUCCCCUCGGCAUUCCACGCCCGGCCUCACCCCUGCUUUGCCGUAGCCGCCGUUGCCUUCGCCGCUGUGCUCAUAUCGGCGGUGCAGCGUGCCGCCGGAUGUGGGGAGCAUUGAUUGGGACUGUAGUAGGAGGGUAUUAACACCAGGUUGCUAAAGAAAUUCACCGACUUGAACCCUAACGCCCGGCGGCGGGUCGAGGCCCUGCUCGUCCCCCGGCCCACUCCUGGGCGGAUUCCAACCUCGUGAAAUUCUUUUAUCCCCCGGCCCUUCGCCCCUCCCCCUCACCCUCCGUCCCCAUAGUUUUCUAGGGCUUUAGGUCCUUCCUCCCCGCCUCGAGGGCUUGCCUCGGGGUUCCUUCGUUCGAUCUCUGCUCUGCGGGUUCCUCGGCUUUCGCCCCUUGCGGAUAGUGUCGCAUCGAGGACGAGCGGCGGCGCGAUGAAUGUGCCCAUAGUCGAUCCGUUGCAAGGGGAUUUUCCUGAGACUAUUGAGGAGUUCUUGCAGCAUGGGAAUAUGAAAUGCAUUGCGUUUAACCGCAGGGGAACUCUCCUUGCAGCUGGAUGUGCAAAUGGGAGCUGUGUUAUCUGGGACUUUGAAACAAGGGGACUUGCAAGAGAAUUUCGUGAUAAAGAUUGUACUGCACCUAUAACCAGUGUCAGCUGGUCUAAAUAUGGUCACCGUUUGCUUGCCUCUGCUACUGAUAAGUCGCUGACACUUUGGAAUGUGGUAACUGGGGAAAAGAUUGCCCGCAUAACUCUUCAGCAGACUCCAUUGCAUGCCCGUCUUCAUCCUGGUUCAUCCAUCCCAUCUGUAUGCUUAGCAUGUCCUCUCUCUUCUGCACCUAUUCUUGUUGAUUUGAAUACUGGAAGUACCAUAGUCCUUCCAGUUUCUGCAUCUGACAGUGGUAAUGUCCCUUUACCUAAUUCACGUAAAUUUUCGGAUGGUUCUCCUCCUUUUACACCAACUGCUGCAACGUUUGAUAAGAAUGGAGAGCUGAUAUAUGUGGGCAAUUCCAAGGGAGAGAUAUUAAUUGUAGAUUCAAAAGGCAUCCAAGUACUUGGGUUAAUUCCCAUCCCAGGUGGAACAGUUGUUAAGGACAUUGUUUUCAGCAGAGAUGGCCAAUAUCUGCUAACGAACUCUAAUGAUCGUGUCAUUAGAGUCUAUGAGAAUAUUCUGCCCAUUAAUGGUUCUGGGAAGGAGAUUGAAAAAAUAAUCACCAACAACAAUAAUGACUAUGAAAGCAAGUAUGAGAAGCUAAAAGCAAAUGGUGCACGCUGCUUAGUUCUUUCUUGCGAAGUCUCAGAUGCCAUUGCAAAGGUACAGUGGAAGGCACCAUGCUUCAGUGGUGAUGCUGAGUGGAUUGUUGGUGCUUCUGCAAGCAAAGGAGAGCACAGAUUGCACAUAUGGGACCGAGCAGGGCGUCUUAUAAAGAUCCUUGAAGGUCCAAAGGAAGCUCUCAUUGAUCUCGCUUGGCAUCCAUUUGAUCCUACAAUUGCUUCAGUGUCUGUGGCAGGCUUAACAUACAUUUGGGCAAAGGAACAUGUAGAGAAUUGGAGUGCGUUUGCUCCUGAUUUUAUAGAACUAGAAGAAAACGAGGAAUAUGUUGAACGAGAGGAUGAGUUCGACAUAAAUGCAUAUGCAGAAAGGGUUGAAGAACUGAUGAUAGAUCAGGAUGCAGAGAUUGAUGUUGAAACAUGUGAGAAGAACUCAUCAUUCAGUGAUUUUGAUGACUCCGCAGACGAGAUCAUCUACUUGCCUGCUAUUCCUUGCCCGGAUGCUCCUGAUGAGCAGCCAGACAAGUGCCUAGUAAGCUCAUCAAAAUUGGAGGACAGCAAUCAUUCUGGUUCUCCCCCAUCGUCAAUGGAUGCUGUGCAGAAUGGUCUAGCCAUUCCUCCUGCAUCUAGUCCAUUGGAAGUUGUUGACAAUUCCAUGGCCGAAGAGCCAUCAGCGGAAGCGGCAAACGCAAAGCGGAAGAGGAGGCUAUCAGCCAAGGGGCUGGAGAUGCAGCAGGCUGAAAAGGUGAAGAAACCACCCAUUAAGAUGUCGUCCAACGGCAAGCCGUCGAAGCCCAAGAGCAAGCCGGUGGUGGAACCUGUCAACGGCAACAGCUCGGCCAAGAUCAAGCAGCAGGUGGCGGAACCUGUCAACGGGAACAGCUCGGCUGCCGACAUCGACGACGAAGCGACCGAGGACGACGAGAUGUAAGCAAGCAGCUCGUACGAUUUGACGCUGAUGGCUCGUAUUUUAAUUUCAUGCUGCCCAGACCGAAAACAACGGUGAGGGCGUAGAGAUAGGGCUAUCACCUAUGUUAGUUAGUGUUCCCGUAGAAAGAAAGUAUGCGUCGUGGUUAUGCCGAGACAUGAUAAACAUCGUUUGCAUAUGUGUUGUGUGUAGUCUGAAGUCUGCUGUCUUCGCAUUGGUCUUGAGGUGAAGAAACCUGAUCAGUAUGGACCAUGGUUAAGCUUAAUUCCUUUAUGCCUGUAGAUCAUUGUAGUUCAGUCUCAAUUGAUGUCGUUAGGUUGGGCCCAUGGGUUAUGCCAUGACCUAUAAUUGCAGUAUCAUGUAUCAAUUGACUU